UCUCGUGCGAGAAGGACGUUCCAGUCGCUUCCUCUGUCCGCCCCCUUACUUGGUCAGCGUCGCGUCCGACUUCUUUCCCAUUCUAUAUACCUGGUUUUCGGUUCACGAGAGUUCUAUAGAAUCGGAGUCGGGUUCUUUCUCUCAUUUUUCUCGGUCUUUUCAUUUACCUUUGCCGGGAUUCUAUUAUUCCUGAACCAACAAGGAUUUCUUACUAGGAAUCUGGCACUUCACCGGGUUCAUUAACAGGACUCCUGGGCCUCGCGUGGCUCAUUACUAGGACUAUCGAACCUCGCCUAGCAUCUUACCAGGACUCCUGUAUCCUGCCGCCAGGCUCCCUAAUAGCACUCCUGUAAAUUAUUUGGCGCUUAACCAGGAGUUCUGUACCAGCAGCCGGGUCCCUUGCUAGGACCCCUGUACCUCCCUAGGCCCCUCGCCAGGACAGCCAUCAGCUCGAGCAAGAUUGAAUUGGGGAUCCUCUUUCUUCAGCGUCAUCGUCGUCGACUAUCAAAAUAAUGGUGUGUGUCCGAGGACUCCAACUGGUGGUGGUGUCCGCUCUCAUGUCCGGCGGCCUGUGGGCCGCUAGUGUCCCUUCCAUUCACCAUCCGACCUCACCCAAAACGGACACCUCCAACCGGGAUCCACCGCUUCAGGAAGGCACAGUUGAAGACCGCCUCCUCCAGUUAAACACCGCCAAGAUCGUUCUCCCUCAGCGGGACACGGCUAAGCUAUUGAGAGACCCACAGAUGGAGUGGACACAGGAGGAGGAGGACGGGCAGCUGUACCGUCUGGAUCGGCACUUCAGCACCUUCGACACGUGUGCUGACUCUCUGUGCGACCAGGUGGUGCGCCAGGCCCACGGGCUCGCCAGGAUCAAGAUGGUCAGGAAGUACAUCAUGGAAACGAUGACGAUGAUGGACAGCCUGGUGACGGCACUGGACGCCGAGCUGGUGGUGGCGGGGGAGACGAUGACCAGGGCGCUGGGCAACAGGUGCCGCGCCGCCCAUGCUGUCCUAUCUGACGUCACCAAGGGCCCGGCCGACUCUGACCGCCUCAACAAGAAAAACAGUCCUUUCAUCUACGGCGGUAUCCCCUACCGCACCUAAUGACGCUGCACUCUGCACACCAAGUCUUCCUUCGGCGGCUGUUGGGCGUCAGGAGGAUCUGUGGACGACAUGUUCUCCAGAGGCAGGAGUGGUGGAGGACCUCAGUGGCUAAGUCUUCCCGGAGCAGCUGUAGAGGAGGACCUCUAUAAACGUCAAAUCUUCCAGUGGCCGCUGUUUCGCAGCUCGAGGACCUCUGGAAAUACCUGUGUUUGAGGUUUUAUGAGGAUCUCGUUAUCUUUUUUAGAAUCAGGAUUUCUCAAGUAGCUCCGUAUAUUUCGUGAUCCUGUAUCAGCUGUAAGAUUUUUACAACGUCCUGCUACUUCUACGACGAGUCGGAAUGUGUUAACUGUUUACAUUCUCCUCACAUCUGUAAAGAAUUAUCUUUUCAUCUCGUCUGCUUCUGUUGUCAGUUUUAAAAUUGAGCCAGUUUCAUUAUAAAUUUGACCGCCAUUAUGUUGGAAGAACUGCAUGAUUAUAUACUUUUGUUUACGUCUUUUAUCUUCAGUCCAUUAACAAAUUAUCAGUUUAGACAUAAUUUAAACAAUAUUUUGUUCGGACCUUAUAAUAUUAGAUAUUCUUAGUUGAUUUGGCUAUUUUAUAAUAUCUUAAAAGAUCUUACGGACGCUCCAACUCUCUGGACAACUGUUAGUGCCUAAAAGUUCGCUUAUGUUCUUCCACUUGGACUGAUCGGUACAGCGACAGCCUCGCUUAUUGCAUGGUUGGUUUCAGCCCCUGAAGGUCCAAGUGGUUGCGAACUGUUUCUACUCUCCGUCCUCAUAUCCCUUCCAGGUGUAUAUGAAGUGUAUGUUAUAGUCACACUGGCUUGGUGCUUUAUUCUGACAAUUACCUUUAACUUAGAUACGCCUUGAUUCUUUAUUAUCUUCAGGAACACUAUUCAUCCUGAAGGAAUUUAAAAUUACAACUGUCUUACCUACAGAACUGGUUUGCAAUUUGGCGAAAUUUACGACCGUUAUUGUUCAAGAAGCAAUUAAUUGUGCCUUCAUGCACUCAAACCUGAAUGACGAGUAAUGAACAGUAACUGUGCUUCUGCCCACUCAUAAACGUUCUCAUAGAUUGGUCACGGGAUUCAGUUGAUGUGGUCACGUCUCGUAAAAGUUUGACAAUAGACAGUUCUGUUUAAAGUUACCCCUCUUUAUUUGUCGUAUUUUAUUCACCUCCUGCUCGUUCCGUUUUCGUUCCUCCUGGUUUAUAGAUUCUUCUCCUCUUAAACUGACACAUUUGAACAGUCGCCGUCCCACACAGUUGGUUGUUAUAAUUUAUUGUAAUUUAUUGUGUGCCAUUUUCUAACACGAAGGUCUGUGUGUGUGUGUGUGUGUAUACGCGCGCGUGCUCGCGUUUGUGAUGCAUUGUUGUGUUGUUGGACGUAUUAAAGCACCUUGGUGUGUUAAGGUGCCAUAUUUAAGAAAAACUAAUAAGGUUAUUCGAUAUUAAAUGCUUUAACUUAAGAUUGUAACGCUUUAUUGAGUACCUGAUUUAUGGGUCGAUGCAAGUUCUCUCGUUAACUGUUGCUAACAGUCAGACGUUGGAAUCCUGGAGUCAAGUCAGGCUGACUAAGUCUGAAUGCUUCGGUAGUGUCAAGUUGAUGUAAUAGUUUACUAUGGAUGUUGUGGCAUUUGUUAUUGUGAUGAGUGACGUUCUAAUUUAUAAACAAGGUGUUGGUCCUUGUUUAUUUGGCUUUGAUUACUUCAUUUUAAGAUAAUUUGCUUUAAAGUAAUUAUUUUUUUGUUUACAGGAGCAAUGAGUCAGGUUAUACUUGUAUGUAUUGCUGUUGUCUGUGGUGGCGACACCAUAGUGGUGUUAUCAAUGUGUGACGGUGACACCAUAGUGGUGUUAUCAAUGUGUGACGGUGACACCAUAGUGGUGUUAUCAAUGUGUGACGGUGACACCAUAGUAGUGUUAUCAAUGUGUGACGGUGACACCAUAGUGGUGUUAUCAAUGUGUGACGGUGACACCAUAGUAGUGUUAUCAAUGUGUGACGGUGACACCAUAGUGGUGUUAUCAAUGUGUGGUUGACACCAUAAUGAUGCUGUCAGUGUGUGAUGUUGACUCCAGACACUCAAGAACUCAAUACAGGGAUGUAUACACCAAGAGAAAUACCCCGCUUCUCGGUUCAUAUACACUAAGAGUUUACUUUCAUCCUGGACUAUGUUUAGGACUAAAGUAUACUUGCUAGUUAGUCAGUAAACUGUUAUGGUGGCCUUAAUAACCCUCCUGAGGUUGAUAGGCAAUAAGGCCAAGUUCAAACCAAGAAUCAGUGAAAGUAUUCUUAUUUAAUUUAUUGUUGGGCAUUAGCCUAACAACUUCUGAAGGGUUAUUAAAGGUCCAGACACUAUCAUACUGACCAGUCUGGAAGUAUAGUUUAGUCCUGAGCAUAAUUCAGGACUAAAUUUAACUCAGUGUAUAUACAGCGUGAAGCAGGGGAUAUAUAUACUUCCUGGUGUAUAUACCCUAUGUCUUCUAGACAUGUUUUGGUGUUGGGCCUGUGAUCCACCAAAUUCUGGGGGGUUAGGCUGAAGCAAUACAAGUGCUUAUUGACUAACCAGCACGUAUAUUUUGUCCCAUACUUAGUCCUGAAUAUUGUCCAGGUCUAAAAGAAAAUUUCACUGUAUUUUAAUAGAGAGGCUGAGUAUGUUUACCGGCGAAUAUUGAUCUAUUGCUUUUGACAUUUGGUGUUGGGCUUGAGAACUAUUUAAGGUAUAUACCUUAAUGACACUUAAGGACUAUGUGUCAUUAUGUCCAGGACUAAAGAGUACAUGCAAGUGCUGUGGUCUUAAUCCUAAAGAGGCUGAGCAGCCUCUCUAGGGUUAUUAAGAUCACAGCACUUGCUUGUAUACUUUAGUCCUGGACAUAAUGAUACAAAAAUUAACUCCGUAUAUUUACAUAGAGAAGAUGAACUAUUUAUGGCAUGUAUAUUUCCCUUGUGUUUAUGAAAAUGUAAUGCAUUACAUACUUACCUCUGUAUACUGAUGCUGUAGCUAACAUCUGUAUUUUGUAUUUAUUAUGCAAAUAAAUGAAAUGGUUAAUAAA